AUGAACCCUGAGUACAGCCUCCAAGAUGUGGUACGGUGUCAUCUCUGUGAGACCCCUGUCCCCCCUCUACACAGUGUCAUUUGUAACAUACAUCUGUGUGAUGACUGUAAAGGAAAACAUCUAUCUGAUAAAUCCAAUGAACACAAAGUCGUGUCAUUUAAAUAUCGAGGAUCUUUUCCUAAAUGUCAAAAACAUUCGACAAAAAUAUGUGACCAUUACUGUGAACAAUGCAACAUUUCUAUUUGUGAACUCUGUGUUUCCUGUGAGGAACACCAAACUCAUGACGUUGUGGAUAUAUUAGAAAGUUUACAAAACAAAACACAUUUCUUGCAAAAAGAUUUACAAGAUUUUGAAAAAAAUAUAUAUCCUAAAUAUCAAGAGAUUGUAUCCAACAUUUCAAUGCAAAAAGCUAGUCUAAAUGAAAACUGCAAGACAUUGACAAGAGCAAUCCACGAACAUGGAGAAGAAUUGCACAGAGAAAUAGAUAUCAUAAUGCAGAAACUGAAAUCGGAUCUUCAUGAAAUGGAAUCAAAAUAUUUUGAUGUUCUAAGCAAACAAGAAAGUGAAAUCACACACACCACAUCUGAAAUCACACAGAGCAUUGCUGAUCUGAAACAGUUACUGGAUUCAAAUGAUAUCAGCUUUGUGUCUGCCUACAAAUCAAGGAAUGCUGAAUUCAGAAGACUGCCUCCUAAACUCAGUGUUUCCUUACCAAAUGUUAUCUCUCAGAGCAUCAACAAAGAACAGCUUUGUAAAGAGUUUGGGUUUGUAUCAACGUUGACUUUAAAAACAGAAGAACAUGGCUUCACAAUGGAUUCUUCUGAUGUUGAGCCCUCUCCUUUUGACCGACAGCUUAUUUGUGUGCCACGAAUCAUUACACAAAUGGAAACUGCGUAUGAAUAUCCGUCUGGAUUAUGCAGUAUUUCCUGUGCAAAUGAUGCAGAAAUCUGGAUGUGUGGUUAUGAUGCCAGUAUAAUGAGUCUUUACAACCUGCAAGGGGGACUAGUUGAGUCAAUCCAAACGAAGUCAGGGAACGAACCAUGGGACAUAGCAGUGGCAAGGAGUGGAGAUCUAGUUUAUACUGAUGACAAUGAUAGAACUGUGAACAUAGUGAAGAAUACACAAACACAGACAGUGAUCAGACUGCAGGGGUGGAGACCUCUUGGUGUCUGUUGUACCUCCUCUGAUGACCUCCUGGUUAUUAUGGAGUGUGAUGAUAAAAAACAAACAAAAGUUGUGCGUUACUCUGGCUCUACAGAGAAACAAAAUAUUCAGUACAAUGAAAAAGAACAACCUCUCUAUUCACCUGGUUGUGACAUUAAAUACAUCAACGAGAACAGGAACCAAGAUAUCUGUGUGUCAGAUAAUAGAGCCCGUGCAGUGGUAGUGGUCAAUCAGGCCAGGAAACUCCGCUUUACCUACACUGGUCCUUCCUCUGCUAAAAAGAGGUCAUUUGAUCCAGUCUGCAUCUCAACAGACAGCCAAAGUCGGAUCUUGACAGCAGACCAAAACAACAACCGUAGCCACAUCCUGAAUCAGGACGGACAGUUUCUCCGCUACAUUGACAACUGUGAUCUACACCAUCCCUUUGGUUUAUGUGUUGACACAAGCGACAACCUGUUUGUAGCUGAAUAUUUCACAGGUAAAGUGAAGAAAAUCAAAUAUUGUGUGUAGAUAAACUAAUAUAUACAUUUGUACGUUUCCACCGGCAAACAACCGUAUGAACAUGUUACAUUGAAACAGACUGUUAGACUGUCAAAGUACAUGUAAUACUUUAUGGAGGAUACUGUAAAUUCCUUAUUUUAUACGAGUACUUAAUUCCGCGAUUCCGCUGGUCUGUAUCAAAUCGAGGACAUAAAAUCGCAAACGCCGAACUUUUCUCCUUAUUUCUUGAUAGUUUCAACCCUCAGAAAAUAAUGGCGAGAUUUUGAAUUCCGCGAAGGAUGCUUAUCGCGAUUUUACUCGGAUAUUAAUUCCUCGCGUUUAAUUAGGAAUUUACAGUAUCUAUAUUGUGUGAUUUUAUAUUUAAUAGUUUGCUCUAUCAAACGAGUUAAAAUGGGUAGACAUUGGCAUAGCUUGUCGAGCAAAUAUAAUUAUGUCAACGAGUUGGACAAGCAAAUAAAACUUCCCAGUCAUAUAUGUUUUUGUUUGAUCUC